AUGGCCAUCGACAAAUGCUACAUGCUCCAACUUGGAAAGAUUGAUUUUCAACUACUUUGCUCCAACUUGGAAAGAUUGAUUCUCAACUAUUCUAUUGCAGGUAACGCGGCCAAAAAGAUUAGUUCCGCUUCUACAGCAUUACCAAAGAAAAGACUACUCAUCAAGACAAACCAUUCAACCAUGACUGCUAGCCGAAAAGCUAGCAUGGCGUACGAUUCAAGCAGCAAUGAAGAUGAUGAUGAAAUACCCAAGAGAGAUCUCGUUAAUAACACUGUCAUGGCUGAGGUUAAUGAGGCCGUUGUUGUGGCCUUAGGUAAUGAUGAUCAAGGAACUUAUCGUUGGGAUUUCAAAAACUAUGGCCUCAUCGAAGAUUCCGGUCGAAUUUGA